GCUGAGCGCUGUUUCUGACGGGUAGUUCUUUGCUCAAGGUAACAAUAUAAAUUAUUAGAAUUUUACGUAACCCGAUUCAUUGUAACGAAUACCUCGUUUUCCUGAGAUAAAUCCGUGUCAGAUAUUCAAUUUACCGCACUGAAUCACAAUGCCACUUAUCACUGAAAUCUUUGAUGAUGAGGAAACUGUAACCAAUCAGCAAGAAGAGAAGAAAGUGCUGCCUGCAAAGAGUGAUUAUGAAGAAAAAUUAACCACAUUGCCCGAUAAAGCUGACGAAAUAAAGGAUGCAAAACAAUUUAGCAAAAUUGAUGAAUCCCCAAAACAAAAAGAUGAUGCUGAAACGAAGAACGAUGAAACCCAGACAGGUGAUAAUGUAAAUAAAGACAGUUACAUGAAAAUUGUGGAAAUAAAUAAUCAUAAAAAUGAAUCUGGUGAUUCAAAUAAAGCAACUGAUAGGUUAGAUGACACAUCAAAUAAUGAUGCUGUUAAAGAAACCGAAGCAGAAUCCCAGGAGAAAGAAAAAGAGAAUUUAUCUCAUUAUCCAAGAAUGACUGCCAAGGAGCUGAGGGGGUUAUGUAAGAAACAUAAACUGUACUUGACACCACAUUUAAAUGAUGUCAUGUAUCUUCACUACAAAGGUUUUGGUAAAAUUGAAAACUUAGAACCGUACACUGGUCUGAAGUGUGUGUAUCUGGAAUGUAAUGGUUUUCGAAAGAUUGAAAAUCUUACGGAACAGAAGAUGAUGAAAUGUUUGUAUCUACAGCAAAAUAUCAUUGAGAAAAUUGAAAACUUGGAACAGAUGCAGGAAUUGGAUACGUUGAAUCUUAGUAAUAAUAUGAUUAAGCGGAUUGAGAAUGUUUCAUGCCUUCCAAAACUGAACACAUUACAGUUAUCCCAUAACAGGGUAGGGACAGCUGAUGACAUUGCACAUUUGGCAGAGUGCGACUCGCUGAGUGUUGUAGAUUUAUCUCAUAACAAAAUAGUGGAUCCCAAUAUUGUAAAUAUAUUCGCACAGAUGAAGACACUGAGGGUGUUGAAUUUAAUGGGCAAUCCAGUUAUCAAAAAUAUCAAGAAUUAUAGAAAAACACUGAUUCUCAAAAUCAAAGGGCUCACUUACCUGGAUGACAGACCAGUGUUCCCUAAAGACAGAGCCUGUACUGAGGCAUGGGCUGUUGGGGGCAGGGAAGCCGAAAAAGAAGAGAGACAAAGAUGGGCAAACAAAGAGAGAGCUAAAAUACAAGCUAGUAUCGAUGCCUUAUCUGCUGUGAGGGAGAGAGCUGAAAAGGCGAGGAAAGAAAGAGAAGAACGGGAAAGACAGGCAUCAGAGGGAAACAAAAAAGAUGAAGAAGAUAAUAAGGAUGGUGAGGACAUUGAUGACAGUGAUAUACAGCUUGACGUGGAUGAUGAUGAAGAUGAUGACAAUAAUGAAGAUGAUUUAGUUGAUAAGCUUAUAUCAGACUGUGUUGUUUCACCAAAGUCUAAUGAAGAAGGUAAACUUACAACUGAGAUGGCUGAUGAUGAUAAUAUUGAUAUAAUAGAUUUAUCAAAGGGUAGAGAGGAAAAGAUAAACAUUGAUGAUUUGCCAGAUCUAGAAGAUGUUGAUGUCAGUGAAGAGUAUGGUAUAUCCGCUGAAGAACCUCAAAAGACUGUGUAUAAACCUGUUAUUGAAGUCUUGGAUGAUGAUGAUGACGACGAUGAAAUAGAUUUGUCAAAUAAAUCUCACAUCCAGGAAGUAAAAAAUCCUGAAGGUCAGAAAUUUUUGAUUGAGGAUGUUAGUGAUUUAUUGAUGACCAAGACUCCAUUGGUUGAGGAAGUCCACAAGUCGGCUGGCGACAAUCGCAUGCAAACUAAGCUAGUGAUAGAGGAUAUCACAGAGGAGCUUAGCCAGUCCAGAUUGACACCAACAAAGUUACUUAUAGAAGAUAUGAAUGAAUUGAAUGAGGUUAAAUCGGAUGACAGUAAAGCAAAGAUUGAAGUCAUCGCACAACAUCCUACAGGACAAAACCUACCCGCGCAUAUACAGGUAAAAAUUGAAGAGUUAGCUGAGCAUGGAGGUUCUACACACGAUAGACCUUCUAUUGACAAAGACAUAAAGGCAAAACUGAAAGAAUAUCAGCAGAAAGGAACUGGAGAUGCAAAACCACACAACCCGUGAAGUAUUAUCUUGCGCUAAGAUACUAAGACAAAUGUUAUAUUUAUUUUUGCAGUACUUUAUUGUUAAUGAAACUAUUAAUUUCUGGAGACUUGCUCAAUUUUAUUUGUAUUAUCUCAAAGUCUUAGUAAAAAUGCUAAUGUAAUCAAGCAGCUGAUUUUCAUACAUC